AGUGCUGCCUGCUUCCCUGAUUAGGUUCACUUAUCUGCAGAGGAGAGCGGAGAGCUCAGGCUGGGGAAGGGAGCCGGGAGACCUGAGGCACCAGAGCUAUGGUGCUGGCGGCUCUCACAGCGCUUCUGUCCCUGCUGCCUCUUGCGUCAAUGCUGCAGGACACAGUGCGGAGGGGAUGGCAGGGCCCCGCGUCCUGCACCCAGCCUGCCCUCGCGUCCUUGCCUGCAGUAAGGGGAGGCAGCGUGGCCCCAGGUCCUCCCCAGGGCUGGCCACAGGCACUGCUUCCCUGGAGCUUCCUUUGCCCAUCCCUGGGGAUUUGGGGCGGCAGGUCAGGGAGCCAGGACAAUUCUGCGACAGCACCUUUCCCUGCCCUGGCAGGUACCCCGAGGGCAAGCUGGGUGCCAGACCCCGACGCGCCGGCCCUGCUCCGCCUGUCCGACUCGCUGCUGGCUCACUACAGGAAGGGCACCCGGCCCGUGCGGGACUGGCGCACCACCACCACCGUGGCCAUCGAUGUCAUGGUGUACGCCAUCCUCAGCGUGGAUGAGAAAAACCAGGUGCUGACCACCUACAUCUGGUACAGACAGCACUGGACAGAUGAGUUCCUCCAGUGGGACCCGGCGUGCUUUGACAACAUCACACAGAUAUCGCUCCCUGCGGAGAGCAUCUGGGUGCCUGACAUCCUCAUCAACGAGUUCGUGGACGUUGGGAAGUCCCCUGAUGUCCCCUACGUCUACGUCCGCCACCACGGAGAGGUGCAGAACCUCAAGCCCAUCCAGGUGGUGACUGCCUGCAGCCUGGAUAUCUACAAUUUCCCCUUCGACGUCCAGAACUGCUCGCUCACCUUCACCAGCUGGCUGCACAACAUCCGCGACAUCAACCUCUCGCUCUGGCGGACCCCGGAGCUGGUGAAAUUCGACAGGAGCAUCUUCAUGAACCAGGGCGAGUGGGAGCUGCUCUACGUGCUCAGCCACUUCCAGGAGUUCAGCGUCAAGAGCAGCGACAGCUACGCCGAGAUGAAGUUCUACGUAGUUAUCAGGAGGCGUCCCCUCUUCUAUACUGUCAGCCUGCUGCUCCCCAGUAUCUUCCUGAUGGUGAUGGACAUUGUGGGCUUCUACCUACCUCCCAACAGUGGCGAGAGGGUCUCUUUCAAGAUCACACUGCUACUGGGCUACUCAGUUUUCCUAAUCAUUGUAUCUGACACGCUUCCGGCUACGGCUGUUGGCACCCCACUGAUAGGCAUCUAUUUUGUGGUGUGCAUGGCACUGCUUGUCAUCAGCCUCACGGAGACCAUCCUCAUUGUGCGCCUGAUACACAAUCAAGACCUGCAGCCCCACGUUCCCAACUGGGUGAAGCACUUGCUGCUGGAACGUGCUGCUGUCCUGCUCUGCAUCAGGGACAGGAAGAAAUUCAGCCAAAGCAGGGCACAGAGCUCAGACAUCUCCAGGCAUGUGGAGAACAACGACAGCACAGCCAAGCUGAACCACUAUGGCUGUGAGGACCCCCGGGAGCGUGAGGUGGCAGGGGGCACGAGGCCCACUCCUGCCUUUGGCACUCUGGCAGAGGGCUCUCCACUCAUGUACAGCAUCCUGCACGAGAUCACCACCAUUCGCCAGUUCCUCGAGAAGCGUGACGAGUUUCGCGACGUUGCCCGCGAGUGGCUGCAGGUGGGCUACGUGUUGGAUGUCCUGCUCUUCCGGGCGUACCUGGUGGCCGUCCUGGCCUACACCAUCACGCUGGGCGCUCUCUGGUCGGUGUGGCAGUACGCCUGAGCUGCCUCUCGGGGCAGGCGAGGUGGAGACCUCGGAUGCCGCGGUGCUCCCCGGCUCGGACCCACCCGCGCUUUCUGACCGUGGAGGCCCGCGCUGGUGCGACCGUCCCCCCCCGGCAGCUCCGAAGCAGCAGCAGCCGAGGGCUGAGGCACGAGCGAGCACGGCUCUCACCGUCCCUGCCCCGCCGCCCCCCCGGCA